AUGUCUCAACACUCUCAGGUGACCCCGCCCGGCGCGGCGCCGUUCGCUCAAGUGCAGGCUGUUGAUGGCUCAUUCGGCACCACCCGGACCUUCUUUGAGCACUCCAGCGGAAAACGUAUCAACACCGAUGCCGUCAUAACUGCUGCUCUGAGGAAACAGUAUCCCGAGUUUGAAAUCGUUGUCGUCCCGGGCGAGGUUGCCGACGUGCUGGCUUAUGCAUUCUCCGGCCACGCUUCCGCCACCCCAAUUAAGGAAGACGGUGCCUCGUUGCCAUCGUCACUUGCAUGGACGAUGUACAUCCCGCCCUCUCGGCGCCUCUCUGGACGUGGUCGUAUCGCUGAACAGCUGAUCUUCGGCAUGUACAUGUACGUCUGGAAGGAUACGGAGUUUCUCGUCUACCUCGUCGAUGGUCGUGAUGGAGACGUAUUCUCACCGCCCAUGACGAACACAUACAUCCUUACAAGGGACAGACAAAAGGCCGAGGAUCUCAUCUUGGAAGCGGGUGAGUGGAGCAAUGAGCUCCAUGGAGAGAUUUGGGUCUAUGAUGGGGGCUGGUGGUCAAAGAACGCAGAGCUGUACCGGAGCAUUAUGAGCUCAUCGUGGGAUUCAGUGAUCCUGGAUCCGAAAAUGAAAAAGUCCAUCAUCGAUGAUCAUCUCUCAUUCUUCAACUCGAAGGACACUUAUUUGAAAUUGAAGGUUCCAUGGAAGCGAGGCAUCAUUUAUCACGGUCCGCCAGGAAACGGCAAGACAAUCUCCAUCAAAGCAAUGGCUCAUAUGCUAUACGACCUCGACCCCGAGGUGCCGAUGUUAUAUGUCCGGACACUAGCAUCUUAUGCAGGCCCAGAGUACUCGGUCCGAAUGAUCUUCGAAAAGGCCAGGCAGAUGGCUCCCUGCUACCUGGUUUUAGAAGAUCUCGAUACCAUUGUCAAUGACGAAGUUAGGAGUUAUUUCCUGAAUGAAGUCGAUGGCCUCAAGUCAAAUGACGGCAUAUUCAUGAUUGGGAGCACUAAUCAUCUCGAGUGGCUCGACCCAGGCAUUUCCAAACGCCCAUCUCGUUUCGAUAGGAAAUACUUCUUCGACAACCCCAACACAGACGAGCGCGUUGCUUACUGCCACUUCUGGCAGAAUAAAUUGGAAGACAACAAGGAUAUUGAUUUUCCAGAGAAGCUCUGCACAGCCAUUGCGAAAAUCACACAUGACUUUAGCUUCGCAUACAUACAAGAGGCUUUUGUGGCAACGUUGUUGGCCAUUGCUCGGGCGUCUCAUACUGAAAAAGCUACUAUGCCGAAAAUAGCCAUGAUGAGUCUGGCAGAUGAUUGGGUUUCGAUCGAGGACGAUCCACUUGAUAAGUAUCUCUUAUGGGUGGAGAUGAAGAAGCAAGUUGCGAUCCUCCGGGAGGGCCUGGAUGACAAGAACAAAUAG